ACCAAUCAGGUCGCUGCUUGCUCCCCGUAGAUCUGCACCAACAUGGCGGCGUUCUGAGUUUACGAAGAGGAAAAAAAUAGCUAAUGUGUAAAUAAACUCAAUUGUACAUUAUUUAGAGAGUAUAUUAGUCGUCUGAAGUGGUCGAGGUGUUGAUGAACUGUUGUACAGAGAGAAAUAAAAAAUGUCGAGUGACGGAAGUAAAAAACAAUUCUGGAAAAGGAACACAGCGAAGGUUCCUGGCAGUAUACAACACGUUUAUGGAGCCCAGCAUCCUCCUUUUGAUCCUCUCCUACAUGCUAAUUUGAUCAAAGCUGGAAACAAACCGCCUGUGACGAGCACGCCUGGAAAGCCGAAGAAAGCCACCACUUUCCAGGAGUUCGAGAGCAUCACGAGUGAUGCCUGGGACGUGGGCGACGACGACGAUGAGCUCCUCGCCAUGGCCGCCCAGAACCUCAACAUCGAGGUCGUGAUGGAGACUGCCAACAAGGUGAUCGAGAACCACAGCAAGCAGCAGGAGCGACGACAGCAGCAGCUCGAUGAACCUCCUGGACCUGAGGAGAAAGACAAAGAGGAGGGGCAUGACAAAGAUGAAGAAGAGAGGCUGGAGGAGGAGGAGACCACCACAGAGCUGUCCUUUAGCUCGGAGCGUCUCCACCACAGUGACAGCAGGCUGGUGAAGUCCCACAGUGAAGCACCUAUUGGAUCACCAAAGGAGAUGAGUGGCGAGCGGGCAGCACUGUACAGGCAGCAGUCGCUCCCUCACAGGCCGGUCAUCCCCCUGGUGGCCCGCAUGGCUGAUCAGAACACUUCAGGAACUCCUGCCAUGACGGAGAGAGAGGCUUCCAGACUAGACAAGUUCAGACAGCUUCUGGCUGGACCUAAUACAGACCUCGAAGAGCUCCGGAAGUUGAGCUGGUCAGGAAUUCCACGGCAAGUGCGUCCCAUCACAUGGAAGCUUCUCUCAGGUUACCUGCCUGCCAAUGCCGAGCGCAGAGCCAGCACCCUGCAGAGAAAGAGGCAGGAAUACUUUGGUUUCAUCGAGCAGUACUACGACUCCCGCAACGACGAGCAUCACCAGGACACCUACAGACAGAUUUGCAUAGAUAUUCCCCGGAUGACUCUGGAGAUUUUCGCGCUCCAGCCGAAACUCAUUGAGAUUCACAUUGACAUACCGAGAACUAAUCCUCUUAUUCCUCUCUUUCAACAAGCUUCUGUGCAAGAGAUCUUUGAGCGGAUUCUUUUCAUCUGGGCCAUCCGGCAUCCCGCCAGCGGUUACGUACAGGGCAUCAACGAUCUCGUCACGCCCUUCUUCGUUGUCUACAUCUUUGAGUAUAUCGAGGAAGAGGUGGAAAAUUUCGAUGUUUCCAGCUUGCAGGAAGAGGUGCUGCGGAACAUCGAGGCUGACAGCUUCUGGUGCAUGAGCAAGCUGCUGGAUGGUAUUCAGGACAACUACACUUUUGCCCAGCCGGGGAUCCAGAGGAAAGUGAAGGCCCUGGAGGAACUGGUGAGCCGGAUCGAUGGGAAGCAGAGAGGGAGAGAGAGACAGGUAGAGCGGAGAGAGAUAUGCCUGCUGUGUCUAAAGCCCUUAAAGCUGUGGGCAGAACGCGCUGUCUAGAAUAUACUUUGCAGUCAAGCAACCGACAGUCCCAAGUGAAUAAAGCAGUGCAGCAACGACCGAAAGGCACAAUGUGUAUAUGUUUACCGACAAAUAAAUCUGACUUGGACAGUAAUUCAUCCUAUGCAUUUGAGUAAUCUUAAGUACAGCAAUGGGAAACGGGGAAAACUCUUGAGUUGUCAUUUUUUUUCUAAAUAAACUCCUGGAUAAUUUUUUUUUUUAAAAUGGGGCAAGCCCAAAAUGGAAAAAUAUGAAGCUUUUAAUGGAAACAGGGAAAUUCACUUAUGUAGUCUUAAAUAAAAAAAUUAAGAAAUAAAUAAAAAGCUGUCCACAACAUUUAUUUAAAGUAAACCAAACGUUUAAACAAAUCAAAGGGAAAAGCUAUGGCAUACGAAGUUCUUUAUUUAUUUGUUUAAUUCUUGUUAAUUUUCUGACCAGUGAUUUGUUGGUAAGAUCAUUAAAAGCUUAAUAUUCUGCCAUUUUGGGUUUCACCCAUUUUUUUUUUUUUUUGCCCAGGAGUGUACAUACCAUAAUAUGCACCUUCAAUAAACCUGCUACAUUUAUUUAUUUAAAAUGAAGUCUGUGGUAUUUACUUCUCUAGGUCAGGACCUCCCUAUCUGCUUAUGUUGCAUAGGGAAGAUAUCAGAUUAACAGUGUGUAUGCAUUGAAUAAUUCUUGAAAUCUGAUAAUGCUUUUCAUUUAAAAAGAUAUAUUGUCGCGUCAUACCGUGCUGUCCACAACAAACUGGCAGCUCCAAAAAGAAUUAUUUUUAAAAAGUAAUAAGCGCAUUAUGUUUCCCAGUGCUUCCUGUCAUUCUGCUGACUACACAUAAGUUGUCUAGCCUAACUCUCAGGUUUAAGGUCUCUUUUUUUUUUUCUUUUCCUCUCCACAUUACUUGCCCUCGCUCCUUCAGCCUGAGUGUCAGACUCAAUCAGUGCUGCAGUGGUUUGGCCUUUGCAGAGAGCACCGCUGCCCCGCUGGGGAAAAGCCGAAGUCACUGGAGCAUAAGCCCCGCUCAUUACUUUCUAUUAGAUGGCCAUAAUCAGAAUUGAAUGGCCACUUCUCAGAGACAGACCCUGCUCCUGCGCUUCAGCACCCGGGCCUGUCUGCUCAGCCUGCAUCGAGUUCACUGAUGCUUUUCAUUUUGGGAGAAAAUAAAACAGAUUUGAAUGCUUUCCCCCAUUCUCGCUUUGUUGGCGCUAUUUCUCUUUGCAUGUGUGCGUAUAAGAGAGUGUACAUUUUCCUCAGUUUUUUUUUGGAGUGGUGUGAUUUCCUUUCUGCACCUUUUUUUUUUUAAACACAGAGAAGAAGUUCUGUUUGUGUGUGCUGUAUUCAUUCCAAAAUUACCCUGUUUAUCAGUGAGAGAAUUUCUUUGGCGUUCAGAAGUGCUUGGCUGCAAAAGCAGAAGAUUCUCAAGCAGGAUGUAACCCUGUUACCGGCUGAACAGAUCUUUGGUUUGGGAAUGGUUAGCAUUUUAUUUAUUUAUUUUUUUUCAAUGAGUAAUUAUCUUAAAAUUACUAUUGAGCAAAUUCACAAGAAACAAGGAUGAAAAAUCAGACGUAAGGGGUUAAAAAUGGGUGAAGGUCACGUUUGUUUGUUUGUUUGUUUGUUUGUUUGUUUGUUUGUUUUUGACCUGCUCUUACUUUGCCUCCAACUUUAAAUACUUGUUUGCUCUCACCCUUUAUUCAAUUUUUCUUUUUUUUUUCCCGAGCCAAUUCAGACUUGUCAGCCUCGACUCAGAGGCCCUGUAUAGCACUGUAUAAUUAGGCUAGUUUAGGGCCAUGUACAUCUUACACCAGUCUGAUGUGUUACUUAGAGCACACAGGCCUUUACCAACUGCUACACAUAAGUAUGUUCCUCAAUUUAAUACAUACAUGCAACUUUUCUUUUAGUGAAAUAUAAAACAUAAUCUUUACGGAGCCUAUGCACAAUAACUGGAACGUUGCUCCUACACGACUUGUAUUGUUACAGCACUAAUUCUUCAAUAGCAUUAAGGGGAAUUAUUAUUAGUAAUAAUAAUAAGUCAUUUAAAAAGUAACACGUAUUGUUUAGAAACUUAAUUCUGGCAUCAUAUGUAACCUAACAGCUGUUAUGUAUAAAUUAACAGCUGUUCAUUUAUACGCUCGAAUAGUAGUGUAAUGUCACUAGUGUACCUCUUGUGUAAUUAUACCAUGGUUGCUGUUGGUUUCAGUCUCGAACAGAUAUAAGCUGUGUCCAAAAUCGCGUACUGUGACAGUAGGUACUGCGUUAAAUUCAGGAUCUACUGCUCGGCCGUUGAUGCAGUAUGUACUGAUCAGUAUAUGUGUGUAGUAAGAAUACAAUCCGGACAUUUUCACGUGACCUAUGACGUCAUAAUAACUGCAAAAACCUACAACUCUUGUUUUAUACCUUCAACAAGUUAACAAUUUACUCAGGUGUUGUUAAACAAGUACGGUUUAACCGACAAGAAACUAGGAACGAUGUUUAAUACCUAUAGCACUUACACUUAAAAAGAGAAGACACGCUGCCUUCCACCAUUUUUGAUUCUAACAGCUCUACCACGCCAGUCCCGUUGCAUUAUGGGAUAGUUUAGUGGCUAUUGGUUCCCUGCUGCAGAAUCUUGGCAGAAGCAAUAGGUCAUCCAGGUAUUUCUCUCAUACCGUUUUAUGAAUACUGAGAAUUUGGACAAACUACUAGGGUAGUAGGGAUAUUGGACGCAGCCAUUACUUUGUUUUACAGUCACGUAAAACAAAGGGAUCCACUCUACAUGCUGUGUUGUAAUUCAGCUUAUGAGAGGUUUAGCACACUUGCUUUGUUUAGUCUGGGGACAUGGUUUGUUGAAACUGGAUGCUUUAUGUGAUGUGCCAGCAUUGCUGGUGUUAAACCAUGAAACGCCAUUGUAAAUGUCCAGCUGCUGGACUGCGCAAGGUCAUUCAUCCAGGACAGGAGUCACUUUUCAUGUAAAUCUUUACCAAUCUGGUCCUAGCUUACUGACAGGCUUGUAAAACAUAAUGUGUUACAACACGUCAAGUAAAACACAAUGCUGCAUGCUGUUAUAGGAAAAUAAUCGAAGACACAGCGGUGUGAGUGAGCAGCCAGACUGAAACAGAGCUGCUGUUAUCAUCCAUGUAAUUAUAUAUUUUACUGUAAGUUUUCUUCCUCUUAAACCACAGCAAUUUCCAGCUAUUCAAAUGUAUAAUUUAUUGUUAAACGACGCAUCAUAUUUUUAAACUCUUUUUAUACUUACAAUUAUUGUUAUGGAACGUCUGCACAAGAAGUGAGUCCCUGUUAUCGCUGUAUACGAGCUCUGAACAGUCAUUUCCUCACCAGGCUUCUUCGAGGGCAGUGUUGAAGUUCACUCGUCAGCACUCCCUUUA